GGUGUUCAGCCCUCCUCUCCUGCUCCUCUUAUAAACCUGCUGCGUGUCCUGUCAGCCUGACUCUGCUCUGCACUGGCGUUUGGAAACGUCCUCAGCUGUUGGGUUUGAGCGGAUUACUCCUGAAGACAGGGGCAGAGCCCACCAACUGACACAAACUCAUCUCCAUCCCCCGGGUCCAGCCUCACGUGCUUCACCUUUGCGGCCAGUAGUCAGCGCUCUCCUCUGAUCCCAGGAUGGAGCGGGUGCAGAACAUCACACGUUCGGCCAUCCGCAGGGCGUCCAACAUCGAGGUGAACCCGCAGACCAAGCGCAACCUGCAGGAGCUUUUCAUCAACUUCUCCCUCAUCCUCAUCUGUCUGCUGCUCAUAUACAUCAUCGUCCUGCUGUUGUGAUGCCCGGAGGUUGGAGGGCAUGAACUGGACCCUGGCUAGGGCGGCUUUGAGGGAAGAAAAAUGAACGCAAAGCAGCGGAGCGGGAUUUACUUUGCCACUGCCUCUUUUUCGAUGCACCACUGAUUUCCACACCUUGAUGUUGAAGGGGAAGUCCACAGAAGUUUCAGAAUUUCUGGACGAAUCAGUGGUUCAGAUGUAAGCAAAAUCAUUCAGGCAGUUUUGGUGUGAAAUGGUUGAGUGUAGAGACACAGAUGUUUUUACAGUGCUGGUGAUGGGAACCAGGCGUCGCCAUGACUACAACACACACAUAGACGUUUUAUUUACCAUCCAAACCACCAGAGAACCCACACAAGGUUUUAUAUGUAAUGCUGAAAGUGGUAACAUAGAAAACGAAUGAAUGUAAUUAAUGGAUUAUUCUAAUCAAUUUCAGGCCAAACUUUUCCAGUGUCUCAGACAUCAGGCAGCGUCUUCAUAGCCGUUUCACGUACGAGCGUUCUGUGAGGGAGCUUUCAGAGGCGGACGUCUGGUUCCUAUCACCACCACUGUCUCUUCACACCAAACCACUCUGAAUGACCCCGUUUACAUUUUAACCAAUUAAUAAUGCAAGAAUUUUGAAAAAUCUGUGGAAUUCCCCUUUCACCUCCAAGAUUGUGUCUGUGGGUCUACACUUUUAGCUCCUCGCUCGGUACAUAAACAAUAUAUUGUCUUUGGCUGCUUUUUACAUUGUAUAAACAUUUCAUGAUGACCAGUAGAAACGGUCCAAGAUGGAAAAAAGUGAAGUGCAUGACCUCCACAUUAGUGUGACUCUGCAUAACAUCCAUAUUAAUUUCAUAUUAGCCACUGGGCAAUAUUGUUUAAUAAUAAGUCUGGAGUAUAAGGGGUUAAAUACUGUUUGACGUUAGCGUGGCGCUGUUAUCUUACCUAUAUAUUUUUCAUGUGCUGGAGGUAAGAGUGAUAUUCACUGUAGGCCUGCUGUAAAUCGAUUUUACAAUAUUUUACAAUGCCAGUCUUUUUUUGGUAUAUUUUCCGUUUCUUGCUUUUUUAGAUCCUACAUACUGAAGAAAACAUAAGCAUGUCCAUGUUUUGAUAUCAGGAUGGCACUAUUAUCUUUUUUAUUCAUUUUUAAUUGGGUGAUCUUUGUUUAUUCCCCCCACACAACAGCUAACAGUGGUCUUUACUGUAUACACAACCACCAGGCUUUAAAUUCACUACUGUCUCUAUUUUUUUCAUUGUAUUAUAUUUGUCAUUUAUAUCAUAUAUUAUAUUAUAUAAUAUCAUGUAUUAUAUUUUUUGUCAUUUCUCAGACACUGCAGCCAAUUAUAUUUACUGAUAUUUACUAUACAGUGUCACCGAUGACUUUAUGAUGACGCUGCUAUUUCAGCCAAGAGUGAUAUUUACUGCCAAACCACAGCCUGGAGACUUUUAGCGUCAGCAAUGGUCAGUCUGUCUUUGUUCAGUCUGUGAUUGGGUGGAUACGUUGGAUUUGGGGUGGUCAUCAGUGCUGUAGGCAGCAUAGACGUCAUUAAUUCAGGGUCACAGACACUUAAGACGAGAAAUAACAUGGUUUUGUCUGAGCUACAGCACAGCGCCUCCUCUUUUUAAAGGGGAAUUCCACCAUUUGUUCAGAUUUUCCACAUUUCUUCAGUAAUUCAGUGUCUUGAUUCGAAAUGGUUAGCUGUAAAGAAACUCAGGUGGCGGCGAUGCCUGCAACACAGAUAUAGUUACAAUCCAAUAUAACACAAUUUUAUUUACACUCCAGAACCACCAGUGAACCUUCAUUAUUCUAAGUCUACAUUUUUUUGAAGCAAUGUUGAUCGUAAAAUAAUGAUAAGUUCAUUUGAAAUAAUCAUUUGUUUCAGAACUAUUUUGCUUCGUCUCAGUCAUCAGGCAGUGAAUUCCUAACUAUUUCAUGCAGUAACUUUCCGUGAGGGAGCUUUUAGAGGUGGACGUCUGGUUCCUAUCACCACCACUGUGAACAGUUCUGGCUGGGCAAGUUUCUCUAAAAUGGGGUGUUUCACACCAAACCGCUCUGAAUGUCCCUGUUUACAUCUUAAUGAUUUAAUUAUGCACAAAUUUGGAAAUAUUGGUGGACUUCCCCUUCAAGGAGGAUACCUGUUUGAAGCCCUGUUAAAAGUAGUUUAUAAAGUCGUUAUGAACGUGUGUGUAGUGCACUCUGAAAUAUUCCACCAUGAAAAUAUGUAUGUUGUCUAAUGUAUAAUGCAAGAAUAUAUAGAGUCGUGUGCAAAAGUUUGUGCGCCCAGUCAGAUUAUGUGUUUUAAGUGAAGCAAGUGAAAACAUCCUCCACAGAGGACCCACUUCUGCACAGCGUGAUGCACGAUUACUGUUUAUUUGCUGAAUUUAACACUGGAGAAAAAAAAAUACAACAUAAAAUGUGGUCUGUGCAAAGUUUAUGACACAUUUUAUACGCUAUGUUUUUUUUUUUAUAUGCAGUGUUGUCAAUUUAUGUUAAACGUUGAAAUUGUACAUUAAAUUUGCCAAGUGUUUUCCCUGUAGAGGAUGUGUUGGCUUAUAUUCAUUUAGAAAAUUCAACAAAACACUUAAUUUGACCAGGUGUAUUUAAACUUUUUGCAUUGAAAAAGUAAAUCGCUGCUGUUGGAACAAAACAUCGUAUCUUCGAAGCGAUAACUUUACAGGAGAAGGAAAAAACCUACUUUACUUUGAAUGGAAGUCAAUGGAACCAGACGUCUUUCCAAGCAUUUUUGGAGCAUUUCUGUUGGUCCCUUCAUCAUAACAUUUUGGCGUGUUGUAAAGCUCAGUUAGUAUUUAAAAUUCUGUAAAAAAAAAAAAAA